UGAAUGUGGCACGCUCUCAGAGGGUUUCAGAGUAAGGAAAGCCCAAAGGAAAGAGAUAGAUGGAAGGAAGUAUCCGCUGCUCUGCUAACUAUGUUCCGCUCACUCCGAUCACCUUCUUGGAACGCGCCGCCGUCGUUUACCGCCACAGACCUUCUGUCGUCUUCGGCGACGUUACCUACACGUGGCAACAGACCCACCAGCGCUGCGUCAAACUCGCUUCUUCCAUUUCUCAACUCGGUGUCGGUCUUGCUUCCGGCGAUGUGGUUGCUGUAUUGGCCCCUAAUGUUCCAGCAAUGUAUGAGCUACAUUUUGCUGUUCCGAUGUCAGGGGCUGUUCUCUGCACCCUAAAUACACGUCACGAUUCUGUAAUGGUUUCGUUGUUGCUAAAACAUUCUGAGGCUAAACUUAUUUUUGUUGAUUAUGAAUUACUCGAUAUUGCUAGGGGAGCACUUCAAAUCCUUUCAAAAACCACGACCAAUCUUCCCCAGUUGGUCUUAAUUUUGGAGUGUGGUGACCGAUCACCUCUCCAUGCUAGCAACGAUUUGAUAUAUGAGGAUCUUAUAGAAAGAGGGGACCUUGGAUUCGAGGUGAGGAGGCCAAAAGAUGAAUGGGAUCCAAUCUCACUGAAUUACACUUCUGGGACUACAUCCAACCCCAAAGGUGUGAUCUAUAGUCACAGAGGUGCCUAUCUUAAUUCUCUUGCUACUGUUCUGCUUAACGAGAUGAAGUCUAUGCCGGUGUACCUGUGGUGUGUUCCCAUGUUUCAUUGCAAUGGUUGGUGCCUCCCUUGGGCAAUUGCUGUUCAAGGUGGCACAAAUGUCUGCCAAAGAAAAGUGACUGCCGAAGGGAUAUUUGGCAAUAUUUUUAGGCACAAGGUUACCCACAUGUCAGGUGCACCCACGGUUUUAAACAUGAUAAUCAAUUCACCUCCUGAAGUGCGGAAGCCACUUUCUGGGAAGGUGGAAGUGAUGACAGGUGGUGCACCCCCUCCGCCGGAUGUGAUCUUUCGGAUGGAAGAGCUAGGAUUUGGUGUGACUCAUUCCUAUGGUUUGACAGAGACUUAUGGUCCAGCGUCAAUUUGUGCAUGGAAACAAGAAUGGAACAAUCUGUCUCGAGUUGCGCAAGCAAAACUCAAGGCCCGACAAGGAGUGGCUCAUGUUGGAUUGGAAGAUCUAGAUAUUAAAGAUCCCGAAACAAUGAAGAGUGUACCGGCCGAUGCAAAAACAAUCGGUGAGGUGAUGUUCAGGGGCAACACUAUCAUGAAUGGUUAUCUGAAAGAUUUGGAAGCAACAGAAGAAGCAUUUAAAGGUGGAUGGUUUCGGAGUGGUGAUUUGGGAGUGAAGCAUCCUGAUGGAUACAUUGAGCUUAAGGAUCGGUCAAAGGACAUCAUAAUCUCUGGGGGAGAAAAUAUCAGCACAAUUGAGUUAGAAGGAGUGAUUUUCAGUCAUCCAGCAGUUCUUGAAGCAGCUGUUGUUGGGAGACCUGAUGAUCAUUGGGGAGAGACACCUUGUGCAUUUGUGAAACUCAAGGAGGGUUGCACUGCUACAGAAGAGGAGAUUAUCCAAUUUUGUCGGAAUCUUUUGCCUCAUUAUAUGGCUCCUCGAACUGUGGUGUUUGCUGAUCUGCCAAAGACAUCAACUGGCAAGACACAGAAAUUUGUUCUGAGAGAGAAGGCAAGGGCUUUGGGAGGCUUGACUAAGAAAACUAGCCGUUUGUAAACCAUGAUAAUUCUGAAACUUGAAUGUGAUGUUUCUUAAUUCUUGUGCUUUCAGAAUGUGAUGCUUAUUUAUACAUAAAAUAAAAGUUUAAUUG